UUGUCUGUUAGUAACCUUAGUCACCUUCUAAACAAGCUGAACGAAGGAGUCUUUACGCGAUCACGCCAGCUUGUAGAAAUAGCAGCCAAAUCUUCUUCAAACCAAAGUCUACCGUUUUGGAAUACAGACACAGCACAUAAUGUCGUUCCUAGUAUAGACAUCACACCGCAGAUACACACACACACACACAAACACAGGAUGGUCACGGCUGGAAUAUGCUUGAUCAUAGGUCUGCUUGAUUAGGGGCUGAACUGGAUUUAAACAAAAUUUCACCGUAAAACCUUACUUCCGCGGUUCUUUUUACACUUUGCCUUUUUUCCUCCCCUUACUCUAAAUCAACAAUUCUCGGAAAAAAAGAUAAUAAUAAAAUUUCUAUAUACUUCCUAUUUCUGGCGAAAACACACGGACACACACACAUUUGGUUGAAUUAAUCAGCAGCGACGACUGAGGUAAAAAAAAACCAAAGAAGGCCAAACCGGCUGUAACUGAGAGCUGUUGAUUUGGGGAUUUUUUUUCUUCCUUGGGAAUUGCUGGUAAGAGACGUGCCUCCUCUUGUAGAAUUGAAAUAAUAUUGCCUAAAAUCCACGUCUUUUAAAAAGCCGGUAUAUAUAUCUAUAUAUAUGUGUGUGUGUGUGUUUACAAUAUUUUCAUGUUGUGAGGAGUGAGAGAGAGAGAGAGAAGAGAGAGAUAGAGGAAGGAAGAAUGUUGUGAUAUAAUAAUAAUAAUAAUAAUAAUAAUAAUAAUAAUAAUAAUAAUAGUAAUAAUAAUAGCAGUCACGCCUCCAACAGGGUUCUCUGUUUACUGGGUGGUGUCAGCGCUAAACACUCUGCCAAUGUGUAAAGGCAGGAACUGGACUGAUUCCGUUCUACAGAAGCUUCGAGGAGGGUAAGGAGAGUGAAAGAGAAAGAGAGAGAGAGAGAAAGAGAGAGAUAGAGGAAGGAAGAAUGUUGUGAUAUAAUAAUAAUAAUAAUAAUAAUAAUAAUAAUAAUAAUAAUAAUAGUAAUAAUAAUAGCAGUCACGCCUCCAACAGGGUUCUCUGUUUACUGGGUGGUGUCAGCGCUAAACACUCUGCCAAUGUGUAAAGGCAGGAACUGGACUGAUUCCGUUCUACAGAAGCUUCGAGGAGGGUAAGGAGAGUGAAAGAGAAAGAGAGAGAGAGAAAAAGAGAGAUAGGGAGAGAUAGAUAGAUAGAUAGAUAGAUAGAGAGAGAGUAAGAGAGAAGAAGGAAAGAGAGGGGGAGUUGCUGAUAACUAAAUUCGUUCCGAAAAACGUAUGAGAUUAGAGCAACAAAAAACGGUGCUUUCUUUGGUCAAAAGCACACGACCUUCCAGCUGAUUGCCUAGAAUUCUUCUUCUUGUUCACAGGCAACGAUUCACUAACGACUCCUUCCUGCCACCACCACCGCCACCGUCACUUAGGUCAUCGAUAUAGUUAUUCAUCUUCAUCUUGAUCAGGACAAACUACUAUCGACCACAAACCACUCCGUUGUUUACUACUAGCACGAGUUAUCUUAUGAUUGUUUACAAUCAUAUUUUUAGUCCCAGACACGCAUUCACUAUCGCCGUUGGUAACUAUACUAGAUUUACUAUCGAACAGCAGGUGAUCGAACUGUUUUAUUAGACGCUGAUUGGAAACUGGACAUUUUACACAGGAUACAAGAAAGAAAAAAGAAAACACCGAACACCCUUGCUUAACGUUUGUUAUCUCUUCAUGUCAAUCAUAAAGUGGAUGGACUCUUAACCAUUCCGUCUCUCUGCCAGACCGUACAUGUAUUCACGGUGAAUUUUUACUUGUUUAUUUUUUUAAUCAAACAGUUUUAAUAUAACAACAACACACAAAAUAGAUAAUUUUUAGUUUUUAUUAAAAAGAUGUCGAGUUUAAGUGGAGUUGGCGUCGUGUGGGCAUUUUUGUCGUUUGUGGCAUCGGCCGCGGCCAGUGUUGGACUUUACAUGCCGUUUUGGCUGGAGGGCAAGACAAAGGGAUCGGUUCCCGUGUAUUUCGGAUUGUUCAGGAGAUGUAACUAUCCGACCCUUUCUAGUUCAGGAUCAAUUAUUAUUGUCGAAGAGUGUGGACGUUACACAACUUUCAUGGACAUACCCAGCCUCGCCUCACAGAUAGCUACUAUUACCAUCGGCACUGGAUGUGGUGUUGCUGUUAUUGUCUCUCUUACCGCUCUCAUGGCACUAUGUGUUAGCGAUCUUAUAUCGGAAAAACUUGCCAAAAUUGCCGGAAUCGUACAAUUUGUUGCAGGAAUGUUGAUUGGAGGUGGGGUAGCCAUUUACCCCCAUGGCUGGGACAGUCUUGAAAUCCAGCAAGCCUGUGGCAACACGUCUGAUUCAUACCAUUUAGGAAUGUGUACACUGUCAUGGGCUUUCUACAUGACAGGUGGCGCCGCUGGAGUAACUCUUCUUUGUUCUUUGCUGUCUUGUCAUGCAGCUAAAAACAAAAGUGCAGCGUACCAUAUCUGAAGAAGAACGGGGGUCUCUUCCACGACCAUCACCACCUCACCAGCCUUCCACCACAGUUGAUAUAUGUUUAGUGAACUAUUGAAUUAUCCAGACCCACAUAUCUUCUCUAUUAUAUAUUCCCUGACGAUGACUUGAGGAUUCCUGUAAUGAGCGUCAUCCUGUCUUUCUUCUCUUGGCUAAAGAGAGUCUUUUCUUUUUUAUGAAUAUGCUGCAUCUGUUGUGCAUGUAUGUGUGUGUGUGUGUGUAUAUAAAUCUACACCCAUAAAUAUGUACGUAUAUAUACAAAUA